AUGCACUUCUACCACGUCGUGCUGCUCACGCUUCUCGCAGUCGCUGCUAUUAGCAUCGAUGCUCUUGCAUCUGCGGAGGUUUCCAAGCUAGCGGCUAUCAAAAUCACACCAACCAUUCGCUACAACGAUGGAAAACUGCUGCGAAGACUUAAUUUGGGAUACAAUGACCUUGACACCGAGGAUAGAGAUAUAUCCUCACUCAUCAGGCGGGCGCAAGUGUAUUACUGGACAAAAAUGGGGAAGUCGAAAGACUAUGUCAAGGAGGCGCUUGGACUGAAAGGAACUGAGCUGAAGAAGAAUCCGAAAUACAAGUACUACGAGGAGUUUAAAAUUAACUCAAGACGUCCCAUGGCUGUGGACAACUUAGAAACACGCCAGGUAAAGAAGUGGCUAUACGAUUAG